CAGACGCGGGGAGAGACAGCGCCGCCACGAUGCCGCUGUCCCAGAGCAGGGCUGGGCAGACCCCGUGCAGCAGCAAGGUGUGCAGGAACCUCUUUGGCCCUGUGGACCACGAGCAGCUCCAGCAUGACUUUGAGGACAAGAUAAGACAGCAGCUGGAAGAAGCUCAGCAGCGCUGGAACUUCGACUUUGAGACAGAGACUCCCUUGGAAGGGCCGUUCAAGUGGGAGAGGAUCCUCGUGGCUGAGCAGCCGCCCCAGGAGGUUCACAGCCUGGUCAGGGCUGUCACCAGCAGUGACAGCAGGAGCUCCUUGGCCCACAGGGUCCCCCCCAAGGACCAUGUUGGCAGGAUUUGCCCCGAGGAGUCUCAACAGAGCUCGAAGGCUUACAAGGCUGGUUCCUCGCAGAGCUUGAAACGUGGGCAGACCACGAUCAAAGACUUCUACAGUGCCAAGCGGAGGAUCGUCCCUGCGCGGCCCCGGCCGUGACUCGCUGGGGCAGCUGCCAACGCCGGGGGGACGUGGCUCCCCCAGCCUGUGCUGUGCUAUCUGUACAAAGCAAUGUAGAGUCUUUAGUUCCCUAUUUAUGAGUAGCUCUGGGGUCCUGAGGGACCUUCACUGUGUGCAAUGUAGAGGAGGAGCCCCACGACGGGGCUGGAGAAGGACUGAGAUGGGCCAGGUGGGAUAAAGGCACUGCCCUGCCUGCAGAAAAGUAUCCUCUGCCCUGUGCCUGUGGGUCCAAACACCGUCCUUGUGCCAUCCUGCUGCCCAGCUGUGCUCCAUCCCCUGCCUAGGGGCCGGUCCUAGGGGGACACUUGUGUCCCAACCACCUGGUGGCACCAGAUACCUUCAAGAAAAGUCACUGGUGUGGAUUGUAGAGCUCUGGGGCACCCUGGCUGCUGGCACAUGUGGGUGGCCCUGUGCCCCAGCAGGAUGGACCCGAGCACUUGUCCGUGUGUGGGAGCAGGGUGAUGUGGAGGCUGCUCCUUCCAGGGCUCUGGGGAGAGGAAGUUGUUCCCUGGACAGCCCUUCCUUGGAGUGACUCAGCAGGAACAGCCACCGGGGGACCAGCACUGCCCCUGGGAUCGUCUGCACUCUGCUGGCCCCAAACCCCACUUGUUGUUGUCUUGUUGAGUGGUGCUGCCUAUGCCCACAUCCCUGCCUCCCUCAACACUGACACCAGGCUGGGGAGCCCCUGCUCCGGCUCUGUUGGGCUCCUCUAGGAAGAAGCCCUGCUCAGCAGCAGGGAUGAUGUUGAAAUAAGGAAUUGUAGCUUGUUUUCCUGGACUUUUUCUUCUUUGGGGCUGGCGGGGAGAGGACCGCACCUGGUGCUGCUCUGGCACCAGGGGAUGGCCUGGAGCAGAGGCUGCUCAGUUCCAGCACUGAAGGAUGAGUCUCAGCACUUUCAUGGGGUUCAUCUCCUGCUCUGCUGGAUUUGGACUCGGGAAAUUGGUGCAAGAUGGUCCCAGGAAGGAAAGGGACAGGGUUGAUCUCCCACCUUGCACCACGAUGCACUUUGCUGUCGGUGAAGCUGCCAAGCUCCCAGCACUAAAUGUUUAUUUAUAUUUAAAAUAAUGCUAUUAAGUGUAUGUGGGGAAAGGGGAAAUACCUGUUUGUCUGUAAGUGUUAACUCUGAAUAAACAGCUGUG